CGGGUGGACCGGUUCCUCUUCCCCGGCUAUAUAAUCCGGAAGGGAAGGCCAGUGCGGGAGCGGGGUGGGGAGGGAGCGGCGGAACGCGAGGUCGGUGCGGCAUGUAGGAGACAAAUUGAGUGGGGACAACGUAGUGUUGUACGAAGCGGCGCCUGAGUUCAGCGCGCGCCCACGGGGCGUAGGCGAGACCAUGUCGGUGCCAGAGCCCACGGAGCGUGACCGACUGAGCGAGCUGCCCGAUGACCUCCUGCACCGCAUCCUGCGCUUCCUCGACACGCGGCAAGUCGUCACCGAACUCAGCUGCCUGUCACGACGGUGGCGGUACUUGUGGGCGACCUUGCCCUUCAUCACACUGCGGUCUGGCUACAACGUCUCUGAGAAGUUCGGGAACUUGCUGCUGCUGCUCCGUGAUGGGACCGUACCACUGCGCACGUUCUGCCUUCACAGCUGCUACUGGAAAAACUUUGAGUACGAGCGUAGGUGGCUCCGCCAUGCCCUGACCCGUGGGCUCUGUGUGCUGGAAUUAAAUCUCAGCAGCAGGGACUGCUUCCAGCUUCCUGAAUGUGUCUUCAGCUGCACAACCCUUGAGGAGUUCAACCUGUUAGCCACCACAGCUAUGGAGAGUAUUGCGCCCAGGUCGGUCUGUCUCCCGUGGCUGAAGAAGCUGCACCUACACUUUGUGCAUUUUGUGGAUCCAUCCGUGGCUGAGAAGAUCAACUCUGGCUGUCCAGCUCUUGAAGACUUGAGUUUGUCCGAGUGCUUUCUUGGUUCAUUCAAGAUAUUAUCUGACACACUGAAGAUUCUAUCCAUUUCUAACUGCCAUUACGAGGAGAUUCAUGUUUCUGCUCCCAACCUUUGUUCCCUGAGGUUAACUGUUUUCAGGAAAGUUCAUCUUGAUGGAAUGCCAUUUCUGGUGAGUGCAUGGGUGUACCUUUGUGAUGGAGGAGUUCAGUACCUUGCUCAGAGUGGAUAUGAUCUCGCUGCAGCACUUUGCAAUGCCCAGCAUCUUGAGCUAUUCAGAUUUAAUUUGUUUCUCCAGGAUAUAAUGGGAAGUUCAGCUCUUGAAGGCCUAUCAUUUUGCAAAUUGAAGAGCCUGUAUAUUGGAGAAUGGCGGGUUGCUGACUUUUAUGGUCCAUUAGCUUAUUUCCUUGGGCAUGCUCCUAAUUUGGUUGCUCUUACUCUGGACCAGUGGAAGUUGUAUCAAAUACAUAAUGGGAAUACCAAUCUGGAGGCCCUGGAAAAGGAACCUAAAGUUGAGCUGAAACUGGUGUCUGCUUUGACCAGAGACCUUGAGAGGCUUCUGAUCAGACUCUCGAAAGGUGAUGACAUUGGAGAAUUCCGCAAAAUGAGAUGCUUGUUGAAGGAGAAGACAAAGCCUAAGGAGACGGAGAUAGUGUGGUUUUAGACCAUUUUUAUAGCAGCCAGCUUCUUUGCAGUACUAAGUGGUACCGUUGAUCGAUCUCCCAAAUCAGGGUCUGCAUCUGUUACCCGUGCCGCCAUUCGUAACCAGCCAGCUUCUUUGCAGUACUAAGUGGUACCGUUUAUCGAUCUCCCAAAUCAGGGUCUGCAUCUGUUACCCGUGCCGCCUUUCAUAACCGCAGUAGUGUCCUACUUCGGAAAGUCUGUCUGUACUUGGAUAUUAGCGCUGUGCUAAAUUAUCAGGAUAUUGUCAUGUGCUUUAUAUUUAGGAUAUCGAUCAACAUGUUGAUCAGUCCUCCAUUACCAGUUAAGUGAGCUGCAAGCAAGCACAUUCACUCCCCGUCCUCCCCGGGAGCCGGUUACUAUGGGAGGUAUGCUCGAUCACUUUUUGGCGACCGUGUCCAAGCACGUUUUCAUUCAUUAAUAGGAGAGGUAAUGCUCGAUCAAUUGCUGUUCUGAAACGGAGCAGAGCCCACAGAGGGAACUUUUGCUGCAGCCCUACUUCACUUUACUGAAGAAAAAGGAUCCUAUACAUUUUUGCGUGUCCAGAAUCCCAACCAUUCCAUUUUCUUGAGUAAAUAAACAUGAUCGAACAUAUUCCUUCACACGUUUGCCACGGCGGCGAAGCUUCUUCCCUGCCAAAACAGAAUCCUGCAGGGCGAUUGGAAUUCAAGCAAUGCAGGAGAUCAGAAGAUGUAGAUCUUCUGCUGUUCUGCAUUGCUGGCUUGCUGCUGAGCGUGCCCGGCCCAACCAACGGUAUCCAGCAGGGAGAGCCUUCACUUCGAUAGACAGCCGGCGGUGAGCCUAGCCUUCCUGGGAUCCGGACGCCUGCGUGUUAUUUUGCACCAGCGCCUUCGCAUCAGCUUAAUAGCAUGCCAUCGCUGGUGUGGUAAGUGCGUGGGUGCCUGUUCGACUGUUCGUCCCGACGGAGGUGAGCUCCUUGCUCGGGGACUCGGGGUGGUAUGAUCUCGUCGCGACGCUUUGCAAUGCGCAGAAACUUGAGCUAUUAUGAUUUGGUUCGGUCCUCCAGGAUAUGGUGGAAAAUUCAGACAAUCAAGGACUACCAUUCUACAGCAGCUGGAUACCAGUUUCUACAGCAUAUUUGCUUAUAUAUUUCCUUUGGUUUGCUCCUAAUCCGGGCCUAUCUUAAUUUGGCCGGUGGACUUUGCACCAAUGGAAUCCUCCUGAAAGAGGGUUCAUCUCUGAUGAUGAUGAUGAUGAGCACAUCAAAAAACAAACUUAGUGGUGGCAAGCUGAGGAAUCUGGUGUCAGGUCUUGACCGAGAUGUUGAGGUGUUUCGUAUCAGGCUCUCCAAGGAACAAGAUGGCAUCAAAGAGUUUCACAAUCUGUGAGGCUUCUUGAAGAAGAUAAAAGCUAAAGAGGUGGUAGUGUGGUUUUAGACUUUUGACUGAGUGCCAUUUGCUCUUCCACAGCACGUUGUCCAGUUGUUCAUAUAUUUCUCCAGAUCAGAGCCUGAAACUGUUUUCGUUGCUGCCAGUUCUUCUGCCACAACAGUAUUGUGCUCAAUUAUACUUUAUUUUAUUGAGGGUAUCAAUUGUCACUUGUCAGUUAA